GACGCGAUCUCGCAUAACCGGCAGUGCGUUGCAGAGCUCGAUUGUAUCGCGCAUGUAGUUUUAUUACUUGAAAUACAACAAUAUCACCGUUGCUGCCACUCUUAAGGAAUAAAGAUGUCAAACGAAUUAAUAGCAAAGGGUGAGGAUCGUCUAAUACGAGAAGCGCAAAAUAAAUUUGUUUCGAGGUUCGGGCGGGAGCCGAGAGCGGCUGCGAGCGCACCGGGACGCGUCAACCUCAUAGGAGAGCACGUUGAUUACUGCGAGGGAUAUGUGUUGCCAGUGGCGCUUCCGUUCAAAACGGUAGUAGUUGGUGACUUCAACAACACAGAGGAAUGUACAAUUGUGUCAGUGUUAGCUGACGGUCAGGAGUUAAGCAGCAGUUUUCCUGCUCCUACUGUAGCCCAGUUGAAGCCGGGCCCCUCGUCAUGGAUAAAUUACGUAAAAGGAGUCGUCGCCCAUUUCCCGCGUAAGGUCCAUGGGUUCGAUGCCGUCAUAGUGUCGGACGUGCCGAUAGGUUCCGGUGUAUCCAGUAGCGCCUCACUAGAGGUCGCUGUGUUCACUUUCCUAGAGGCAUUAACUAAAUUUGAAAUAGAUUCGGUGGAAAAGGCGUUGCUAUGUCAGAAAGCGGAGCACGAGUUCCCUGGUAUGCCGUGUGGGAUCAUGGACCAGUACAUUGUCACACUCGGACGGAAAGACCACGCUUUACUUAUAGACUGCAGAUCAUUAGAAUCAACACAAAUACCAAUAGUAACAGAGGACAUAGUGAUACUGGUGGUGAAUAGCAACGUGAAACACCAGCUGACGGGCAGCGAGUACCCACAACGUCGUGCGCAAUGCCACACGGCCGCCACGCUGUUGUCACUGCCCUCGCUUCGUUCCGCUCGUGUGGAACUACUUAAAGAUCUAGAAGACAUGAAUUGCGAUGAGCUGGUCGUGAAGCGCGCGACGCAUGUCGUUAAUGAAAUCAGCAGGACUGAGGAGACAGCUAAUGCUCUCAGGAAUAAAGACUUUAAAAGGGUCGGGGAAUUAUUCUACCAGUCCCAUGAUUCUUUGAGCAAUUUGAUGGAGGUUUCCUGCCCAGAGUUGGAUCAGCUCGUGGACAUCUUGAGGUCCUCACCCGGGGUACUGGGCGCGAGGAUGACGGGCGGAGGGUUUGGAGGAUGCGUCGUCGCCUUGGUGAACAAGUCACAAUUGAGUGACGUGAAGAAGAAUAUUCUCUCCCAGUAUAAUGGCAACCCCGUGUUCUUUGAAUGUCAGCCGAGCGAGGGAGCGCGGAUCAUAUUAUACAAUUCAUAAAAGGAAUAAAUGUUGUUUUUUUACUUUUUUGUUGCUG